ACUGAGGGCGGCCUGGUCCUUUGCGGCGGCGGCUGAAGAGCCCGGAGGCGGCUCUAGCACCUGAUCUGUCCGCCCUUCGCCGCCCGGUCUCGGCUGUUCUCGGCUCGGCAAGGCUCGGCUCCUCCUCAGUCCUCCCGAUCCCUUGCAGCUCGGCCUCGGCCGCCCGCCUCCGCCGCCGAAAUGAUGAUGAUGGCGCUGAGCAAGACCUUCGGGCAGAAGCCCGUCAAGUUCCAGCUAGAAGACGACGGAGAAUUCUACAUGAUCGGCUCUGAGGUGGGAAACUACCUCCGUAUGUUCCGAGGUUCUCUGUACAAGAGAUACCCCUCACUCUGGAGGCGACUAGCUACUGUGGAAGAGAGGAAGAAAAUAGUUGCAUCGUCACAUGGUAAAAAAACAAAACCUAACACUAAGGAUCAUGGAUACACAACCCUGGCCACCAGCGUGACGCUGUUAAAAGCUUCAGAGGUGGAAGAGAUUCUGGACGGCAAUGAUGAGAAGUACAAGGCCGUCUCCAUCAGCACGGAACCCCCCACCUACCUCAGGGAACAGAAAGCCAAGAGGAACAGCCAAUGGGUGCCCACCCUGCCCAAUAGCUCCCACCAUCUGGAUGCUGUGCCCUGCUCCACGACCAUCAACAGGAACCGCAUGGGCCGGGACAAGAAGAGAACCUUCCCUCUGUGCUUUGAUGACCACGACCCAGCUGUGAUCCAUGAGAAUGCCUCCCAGCCUGAAGUGCUGGUCCCUAUCCGGCUGGACAUGGAGAUCGACGGGCAGAAGCUGCGAGAUGCCUUUACUUGGAACAUGAAUGAGAAGCUGAUGACUCCUGAGAUGUUUUCAGAAAUCCUCUGUGAUGACCUGGAUUUGAACCCUCUGACAUUUGUGCCAGCCAUCGCCUCUGCCAUCAGGCAGCAGAUAGAGUCCUACCCCACAGACAGCAUCUUGGAGGACCAGUCAGACCAGCGUGUCAUCAUCAAGCUGAAUAUCCACGUGGGAAACAUUUCGCUGGUGGACCAGUUUGAGUGGGACAUGUCAGAGAAGGAGAACUCACCAGAGAAAUUUGCCCUGAAGCUGUGCUCAGAGCUGGGGCUGGGCGGGGAGUUUGUCACCACCAUCGCAUACAGCAUUCGGGGACAGCUGAGCUGGCAUCAGAAGACCUAUGCCUUCAGUGAGAACCCCUACCCACGGUGGAGAUUUGCCAUCCGGAACACAGGCGAUGCUGACCAAUGGUGCCCACUGCUGGAGACUCUGACAGACCGCUGAGAUGGAAAAGAAGAAUCCGAGACCAGGACAGGAACACAAGGCGUAUGAGGCGUCUUGCAACACUGCCCCAGCUUGGUAACCAGCCCGUCUGCGCAUGGCUCCCACGGAGCAUUGAGAAGAUCGACCGCCUCUCCUUCAUCUUCUGGCAAGGAGGGAGGCAAAGGGGCAGGCCGGGGCCAUCCUGAGGAACAUGGGGUGUGGGGAGGGCUUCUGGUCACCCUCCCUGGGCACAUUCCAUUUGUUGAGGCCCAGUCCCAUCCAAGUCUCUGGUCAGAAAGAGGCCUCGUUUUGGGUUAUGUUUUGUUUUUGUAUAGGAGCCCCAGGCAGGGCUAGCAACACUUUUUAAAUAAAAGACAACAGGUCAUGUU